GUUAGAAGAAAACAUAAACCAAAACCAACAUCAACUAACAUAUUCUCCAUUAAAAUGUCUAUUAUCAAUUUACUAUUAUACAUUAUAAUAAACAUAUUGUUGAUUAUACCAGAUCUCAAUGGUAUUAUUAUGGAAUAUGCGUUACCUUUAACCAAAUAUGAUGAAUAUAAUAUUCAAUGGUCUGUAAAUUAUGAUAAUAAUGAAGUGAAAUGGUUACAUUUUAAUGUUUGUUAUAAUUUGAAUCAUAAUAAGAAUAAUCAUAAUAAUAGAGAAUGGGAACAUUUGAAAUUUUUCGGUAUUGGAUUUGGUAAAACAGAUGAAUUAAUCAAUUUAGAUAUGUAUAUUUUAUAUUUUCCAUUAUAUAUUAAAGAUAUUGCAAAUGAUCAUAAAGAUAGUUAUUUAUAUAUGGAGGCAUAUACUGAUGAAAAUUCAAUGUUACAUAUUAGAGAUGCUAUGGAAAGUCAAUUGUAUGCAGUAGAACUUCCGAAUUUACGAAAAAUAACUAACAAUAAUAAUAAUGAACAAUUAAUUUGUUUUAAUUUUGAAAGAAUGGCAACUUCCUGUCGUGAAAAUGGUUACAGUAUCAAUAAUCAAACAACUCAUCUAUUCUUAUUCCAUAGUAUGUAUGAUCAUUUCAGUAGACAUGAUGCAAUUUAUCAAAUGUGGUUACAUCGAAUGGGAUUGGCUUCAAUCAUUUCAUUGAACAAUUUAGAAAUGAGACGAAUUCCACACAAGAAGAUUUUAUUACAAUUAAUUAAAGGUUCAUUAUACACUGAUUUGAAGAUGACUGAAGAUAUUAAAAUAUUCUCAAUUCAUAUUCAUAAAGUUGAAAUACCUGCAGUGGAAACAACGUACUGGUGUAAAACUGUUGAACUGCCUUAUUUCUCAGAACCACAUCAUAUAGUCAGGUAUGAAAAUGACAUACCAGAAACAAGUCAAGGACUUAUUCAUCAUAUGGAAAUUUUUCGUUGUCCUGGACAUAUUAAGCGUUACUAUGAUGCACCAUGUAAUUCAGAAACAAAACCAGAAGAUUUGAAAGAAUGUAGAGAAGUAAUAGCAGCUUGGGCUAUGGGAUCAACAGGAUUAACUUUUCCAGAAGAAGCUGGGAUUCCUAUUGGGGGUUUACGUGGCAAAGAAUAUGCAGUAAUUGAAAUACAUUAUAAUAAUCCAAAAAAUAUAUCAGGUAUCAUGGAUAAUAGUGGAUUUCGUUUAUACAUUACCAAUCAAUUAAGAAAGUAUGAUGUUGGCAUAAUGGAACUUGGAUUAGUCUACACAUCAAACAAUUUCAUUCCAUAUAACCAAUCAAAAUUUAUUCUUGCUGGAUAUUGUGAUUCUCAAUGUACUGAUAUAGCUAUACCGAAACCGAAUGGAAUAUUUGUUUUCGCAUCACAAUUACAUACACAUUUAACAGGGAUAAAAGUUGUUACAUAUCAUAUAAGAAAUGGAACACGAUUACCGGAUCUUAACAGAGAUAAUAACUAUUCACCUCAUUUUCAAGAAAUACGUCAACUUGACCAACAAAUACAAAUAAAACCAGGUGAUACUUUAAUAACAACUUGUACUUAUGAUACAAGUCAAAAGAAUCAAGUGAUUUUUGGUGGAAUAGGAAUAAACAGUGAAAUGUGUGUUAAUUAUAUAUUUUAUUAUCCUAAAAUUGAUUUGGAACUAUGUAAAUCAGAAGUAUCUAUUGAAUCAUUGAAUAUAUUCUUGAAUACCUUGGAUGAAAAUGAACAUCAACAGAAUUAUAAUGGUUUAACGAAUAGAGUAAAUAAUAUUAAAUGGAAACAAAAGAAUGUAGAUCAACUGAAGAGAUUUUAUGAAAAUGCACCUAUUGAAAUCCAUUGUAAUAGUUCAAGUGGAACUCGUAUAAAGAAUUCUAAAAUAUAUCGGUUUCCUGAAAUAAUACCAUUAGAUGAUCAGAAUGAUUUAUAUAACGAAGACUGUUCAAGUAAUGACGAAAAUGUUGACUGGUUCAUUUGAGAACAUUAGUAGUAAACUAAAUGAACUGACUUUGAAGAUGAAAUUGAAACAACAUUCUACAUGAAAAAAAAGUGAUUGAUUUUAAAUAAAUAUUUGAUUUG